AUGUUGAUGAUAUUGGCUUGUUUCUAUUUAAUUUCUACACCAAUAUGGGGCUGGAUAUACGAUCGCAUUGCGCAACGAUUCUCGCCUUCAUUUGUUAGAAUUAUUGGUGGAGUAUUAGUUGCUAUUUCUCCUUUAUUAAUGGGUCCAGCACCGUUUCUGGGAUUGGAAAAAAAUUUAAUUCUGAUUGGAAUCUCAUUUGCAAUACUUGGAAUAUCCUGCGCUGCACUUUUUGUUCCUGUAUUUAAAUGGUGUUUGGACGCUGUAAAAAAUGAAGGAUAUUCGGAAAAAUCGUCAACUACUUGUGGGCAAAUUUCAGGAUAUUUUAUAUCAUUUUUUGCACUUGGGUACUUUUUUGUGAAGUUAAAAAAAUUAUUCCUAAAUAUCUAUAGUUGUUUUAUUGGCACAGCUGUAGGUGGUUUUAGUGCUGAACAUUUAGGAUUUCAGUGGACAGCUACUGCUGUAGCUGGUAUACAAAUAAUUAAUGUAGGUGUUUUUACUGAAUGA